GUUUGUACUUAUACGUCCCUGUAAUUUUCCCUCAUACAGCCGAGGCUAACGGAUUUCUCUAUCAGAUACUUAUAAGAAAGCUAAAGCUAAUAACCUUUCCCUAUUUCCCCACACCCUUCCUGAAAAUCAAUUACUACUAUGAGACCCUCAGGCUUUGGCCUGGCCUUGUUUCUCCGCUCAGUAUACGCCUCUCCUUUCAGGGCAUGGAUCCACAAGCCAAAUGUUACUCUCGAAGAGCCAAUUGGCUCUCCAGCAUUCUGGGAGAAGAUGGUCAUUAGCGCUCUUCUCGUGCUUGCCGGUGGUGUCUUUGCUGGAUUGACUUUAGGUCUCAUGGGACUUGAUGAACUUCAUCUCCGUGUACUGGCGACCUCCUCAGAAGACUUGACAGAAAAAAAGAAUGCACAGAAAGUAUUACAUCUCAUGCAGAAAGGUCGUCACUGGGUAUUAGUAGUGCUCCUAUUAGGCAACGUUGUUGUCAACGAAAGUUUACCAAUAUUCCUGGACGGCGCCCUUGGUGGCGGAAUAGCGGCUGUAGUUAUCUCUACCACAGCAAUUGUAAUCUUUGGGUAUGUGAUCAUUCCGCAAGCCGUCAGCGUGAGAUAUGGCCUGGCGAUAGGUUCACGGUGUGCGCCUUUGGUGCUCGCGUUGAUGUACUUGUUCGCACCUAUUGCUUGGCCUAUUGCAAAACUUCUUGACUAUGUCCUCGGAGUGAAUGAGGCUCACACGUACAAGAAAGCCGAACUCAAGUCAUUCCUUCAAUUCCAUCGUCACGGCGAAGAACCUCUUCGAGAUGAUGAAAUCAGUAUCCUCAAUGGAGUUCUUGAGCUGAAUACAAAGAACGUUGAAACAAUCAUGACUCCUAUCAAAGAUGUAGUGACCCUUAGUUCGGAUACCAUAUUAGAUCACGAGACUGUGGAUGCUAUUUUGACAAGUGGGUACUCACGUUUCCCUGUUCACGAGCCCGGAAACCCCCUGGCUUUCGUCGGACUCCUUCUCAUCAAAAAGCUUUUGGUGUAUGACCCAGCGAAAGCACUACCUGUAUCCCAUUUUGCAUUUUCUAUCUUGCCCGAGGCGCACCCGUCUAUUAACUGUUUCCAAGCACUGGAUUACUUCCAAACUGGCCGAGCACAUUUGUUACUCAUAAGUCGUACGCCAGGGCGGGCUGGCGGAGCCAUCGGUGUAAUUACCCUUGAAGAUAUCAUUGAGGAAAUCAUUUCCGAAGAAAUAGUGGACGAGACAGAUCGUUAUGAGGACAACCAAAGCAAGAGGCGGGCCAAGCGCUUGACCACUGCGGCCGUCAUGCGAGGAAUUGUUGAGCGCGAACGGAAUACCCGGGCUCCGUCCCUAGAACGAACACCUUUGCUGUCAAAUAGCCCUCUGCCUGAAUUCAAUGUCAAGCAGUAUGGUGCGACGGUCCUCAGCCAGUCCCCAAAAAUGUGAAAGAAGGGCUCGGCUUGUAGGUAAGCUAUAGAAGAAACCAAAAAAAAUUAUGCAGGGUUCCUCACGGGUUUUUCAUGGGUGUUUUCUUUAUGGUCUUCUGGGUUUUGUGCAAACAACAGUUUAUCCGCAUUGUGUCUUGCCUGUCACCCACGCUCGAUGCUAAUACAUAUUGCUGGUUUCUUUAACCUUGUACACUGUUUUCCUACACCACGUAAAUCUUUGCAGUAAUACGUCGUCUAUCCUUCUAGCUGUCUCCCGAUUUAUCCAAUUCUCGAAGUCGUGUCUUCAUUGUAGACGAUACAGCGAUUAGCAUUUUAUG